AUGGGAAAUAAAAAAUCCUCUUUAAAUCAAAAUUCAUCUUCUGGAUGUAUUAUUAGUGAAGGAAAGCAUCACGAUGAAGAUUUUUCAAAUAAUUUAACUGAAAUAGAUCGGCAACAAGAUUUACAUUAUCAUAUUAAACUUGUGUUUAAUGGGAAUUGUUCUGCACCAAUUCAUGAAUAUUUACAAAAUGGGUGCAAAGUUCUUGACAUAGGUUCAUUAAUGGGCACUGUUUUUAAAGAUGAAGAGUGGAUAAAUAAAGUGAUUCCAGAAUUAAUUAGAGUUACAAAACCUCAAGGGUGGAUAGAAUUCUCUGACAUUAAUUUUGGUUUAAUAGAUGCAGGCCCAAAUUCUACCCAUUUAAUUAACGGUAUAACACAAGGCCUUUCUGAUUCAGGAAUUAAUGCUAGAUCUAUUACUUUGAUGAAAAAUUGGUUACAACCUCGUGUUAUGAAUAUUACAGAAUUAAAUAAAAUUGCUCCAAUAGGAGUAUGGGAACCUGCCUUGGGAAAAUUUAAUUUGCAGGAUUGUGUAAAUUAUGUUAAAUUACGAAAAUCAUUUAUAGUAGAUUCGAUGGAUAUUAGUGAAAAUGAAUUUUUAAAAUUAGAAGAAUUAGCCUAUGCUGAAUUCGAUUCAACUAAAUAUAAAGGGAAAUUUUCUAUCAUGCGGGUUUUUGGGCAAAAAAUUUAA